ACUGUGAUUAUUAGCAGUUCUACCGAUGUGCAUAUUUGUAUAAGAGUAAAAAUCCUCUGAUUUCCCUAAAUCUGCAGCUGCAAAGCUUCAAACACUUGAGGUCAGCGUGUGGGCGUGUUGGUCUUGGUGGGUGUGCACAUAUGUAAGAGAAAGAACAAAAGCAGAAAAAAAAUCUGCCAUCCACAGAAAAGCUGAAGACAGGUGGUGAGCCUUCAGUAAGGCUGAGCUGUAGGUUUAAGUCUACGCGUGCAGCCAGGGAGCAGACAUGGCCAAGUGGGAUUCCUGUGGCAGCAGCCCAGCCUUCAAACAGCCACACUGGAUGCAAAUACCGUUCACUGGCCAGAAGCAAGAAUUCAACAGACCUCCCGCAAGGACUGUUCGGUCCAUGUCUCAGUCAUCUACAGAUAGCUUCGCUUCAGUGCACAGUGACACCUCUGAUGAUGAGUCUUCUCCACGAGACAAGCUUCAGAAAUCCACCAAAGGCCCGUCUGACUUCUGCAUCAAAAACAUCAGUCAGGCUGAUUUUGGACGCAAAGAAAUAGAAAUGGCAGAGCAAGAAAUGCCAGCUCUGAUGAACCUGAGGAAAAGGGCAGGUGGGGAGAAACCGCUGGCUGGAGCCAAAGUAGUGGGCUGCACACACAUCACUGCACAGACAGCGGUGCUGAUUGAGACUCUGGCUGCUUUGGGGGCGCAGUGUCGCUGGGCGGCUUGUAACAUUUUCUCGACUCAGAAUGCUGUGGCGGCUGCUCUGGUUAAAGCAGGGAUCUCAGUGUUUGCGUGGAGAGGAGAAUCAGAGGAUGAGUUCUGGUGGUGUAUUGACCAUUGUGUCGGCACUGAGACCUGGCAGCCCAACAUGAUCCUGGAUGACGGUGGUGACUUGACUGACUGGAUCUAUAAGAAGUAUCCGGAACUGUUUAAGAAUCUCAAAGGUGUUGUGGAGGAAAGCAUCACAGGGAUCUAUCGGUUGUACCAGCUGUCAAAGGCAGGCAGACUGUCUGUUCCUGCUAUGAAUGUCAACGAUUCAGUGACCAAACAGAAGUUUGACAACCUGUACUUCUGCAAGGAGUCUGUACUGGAAGGGCUGAAGCGGACCACUGACAUCAUGUUUGGAGGAAAGCAGGUGGUGGUGUGUGGAUAUGGCGAGGUUGGAAAAGGCUGCUGCGCUGCCCUAAAAGCACUGGGUGCUAUAGUGUAUGUCACAGAAGUGGAUCCUAUCUGUGCCCUUCAGGCCUGCAUGGAUGGCUUCAGAGUAAUUAAACUGAGUGAAAUAGUCAGACAUAUAGACAUGGUCAUCACCUGCACAGGGAAUAAAAAUGUUGUGAUGAGAGAACAUCUGGACAAAAUGAAGAAUGGCUGCAUAGUCUGCAACAUGGGACACUCCAGCAGUGAGAUAGAUUUGACUGGUCUGCGGUCUUUAGAUCUGAAGUGGGUGCAUGUGAGACCUCGGGUGGACCAUGUCAUCUGGCCUGAUGGCAAGAGAAUUGUCUUGCUGGCAGAGGGUCGUUUGCUGAAUCUGAGCUGCUCCACCGUGCCCUCAUUUGUCCUCUCCAUCACAGCCGCUACCCAGGCCAUGGCUCUCAUAGAGCUGUACAAUGCCCCAGAAGGAAGAUACAACAAGGAUGUCUACCUGCUGCCAAAGAAGAUGGAUGAAUACGUGGCCAGCCUUCACCUGCCGAUAUUUGACGCACACCUCACAGAGCUGUCAGAUGAUCAGGCCAAGUACAUGGGCAUCAGCAAACACGGACCCUUCAAACCAAACUAUUACAGGUAUUGAUGUUUUGCUCACAAAAUUAACGGACAGACGCUCUUCAGAAAAGCUGCUGUGAGAACAGGAGCGCUGACGCCCUCUACAGUCUGAAGCUUUAUCUGAAUUUAUCUGAUGCGACAGCAUAUUAAGACUGACUUUUCUGUAUUCCUAUGUAUUAUGUCGUAUUUGUUACACUGUUCCAGAUUUUCACAUUGUCCACAGUAACCAGAAUUUAAUCAGUGUGAUGUCUUAAUUUGAAAGGGAGGAAAUGAAAAACUGUUCUGAAUGGGAUGGAGUUACUUUUCUAUCAGCUGAAUGGAGUACCUGAACAUGUAUUCUUGUCACAUCACCUAAAAUCCCCAUCCUUUUCUAACAUUUAGCUAAAUUAAUAUUAACUAACAGGCAGGUUGUUAGAUUUUUGUACAUAUAAAUAUAAAAGAAUUAUUAUAAUAAAAAAAAUACAUUUUACUCUUUCUGCAUUUCUGCCUUAUAACUUGAAAACACCAAAACCAGCAAUGAACUUUCUAACUUAUAAACCAUAGAACAAC